AUGGGUAAAAAUUUUAAAUAACAUUUAAAGCGCUUCAUUAAAAAUCAAGAUACAUUCGGUCAUCCAAUUACUUUGAGAUACAAAAAUCAACAUAAUUUUAAUUCACUAUUUGGAGGAAUAGUAUCAAUUAUUUUAAAGUUUGGUUUCUUAGCUUAUUCAGUCAUUCAGCUUUUGUCAAUGUAUUAAAGAGAUAGCUAUCAAAUAAAUAGAUUGACAUCUGUAAGAAAUAUGGGAUUUGAUACUCGAGAAAUUAUGCUUAACAGAACUAAUUUUGAUUUUGGAGUAUCUUUAGUCCCAAUGUUUGAAGAAGAAGGAAAAUCUAUAGCAUUGUUUGAGUAUUUUAAAAUAUAGGUUGAUUAGACUAUUGCUACUUUUGAUGGUCAAAAAUUGGAUUUUACUUCCAAGAGCGUACCAAUGAAAAUAUGCACCCCAGACAGGCUUAAUGGAUUAGCUGGGAAAGCAAACGGAGUUCUCAUUACUGAGUACUUUGCAUGUCCAGAAGAUGAUUUCUAAUUCAAAAUAUUUGGAUCGCAAGCAACUAGCUCGCAUAAUCUUGUCAAUAUUAAACUAGUAUAAUGCGAAUCAGAAUGGCUUAAGUAAUUGUACGGUAACAAUACUAAGAGAAAAUGUAAAAGCUAUGAAGAAUUUAUAGCUAGUCUAGAUUAAAUUAAUUUCAAUCUAAUGUAUCUCUAGUAAACAUUUGAUGAAUCUGAUUUUGACUAGCCUAUCAAAAAUCACUUAAAGCAUGAUUAUUUCUUGCUGAAUCGAAAUAUUACUUACUUUACUCUUGAAAAAGACUACAAUAUGAUUUAUGAAAGGAAUGUAGAAUCUGGAGAUGCAGGAAUUAAUAUUGAUUUAAUGUUAAAUGAUAAAAUAUUUACAACUACAAGACAAGUGAGAACCCUUCUUGAUAUGCUUGCUGAAAUUGGUGGUUUUUAUACUAUUUUGUUUGCUAUAGCAAAGGUUUUACUAAUGAGACAAGUAAAACUUGCCAAGUUAUUUAGAUCAAUUAAAGGAAAAAUUUUCAAAUCUAUAGUAGCUUAGAUUUACAUUUUCGUCGCUAUUAAAAAGCAAGCUUAUCUGCUGAAACUCUAAGUAAUUGAAGAGCAAAUAUUUUCACAUAAUUAAUUAAAUCUACAGAAAUGCCUAUCUAAAAUUUAUGUUGACAAGUUAGAAGAAAAUAGAGCAAUGAAUGAUUAAAUCUAAUUAUCAGCUUAAAAAAUAAUUAAUGCAAAGCUUGGAUAAACAAGAAACUAAAUGAGAGAGAAUAAAUAGGACUAGAGGUUAAUUAAAAAGCUUUCUAAAAUCUUCGAUUAAUACCCUAAAAUUAAUGAAAAUGAAUAAAUUGGCAUUAAGACUUCUUAGGUUGAAAAUGUAAAUAAUAAUUUAAAAUUUAAUCGAGAAGUGAAAUCUAAUUAAUUCGAGAUUGAAUUUUGA